GCGUCCGAUUGGAAGAUCUUGCGAUGGGGAAAGACGCGACGGUCUUCGCCGAGGCCGAGGCGCGCGACGCUGCGGUCAAGCGCGCAGAAGAGGAACGCCGGGCGCUCGAUGGCUACACCUUUAUCCCGCAGCCGCUGCGCCGCCACUUCAAGCGCGCGCGGAGCUCGAAUCAAGCCGACGCACUCGUGUCGUCGGACCCACGGGCCAUUACGCUUGCACGGUACGCUCGCACGGCGCGCCUUUUGCAGCACGCGACCCCCGAAUUACACGCCCACUUGUACCCGUCCGAGGUCGAAGACUUCAUCUGCACGCAGGUGAGCUACGAGCGCGCGCUCGCCAAGCUCCUCUUGCUCGAGCAAGGCGGGGCUUCGUGGACCGUCGUCCAGCUGCAGCGACAAGUGAUAAAUCUUGUCGAUACGUGCUUGAAAGGCCUCUGCGACGUGUACCUUGGCCUGCUCCAGCCCAAGCGGGCGGCGCUCGUGUACACGGCCGCAUCGCCUUUGAGCGGUAUGCUCGCCAAGAGCCUUCCGAGCGGCAAGGGCAUUUCGUUUCGCGCUAUCGACGAUGACAACAUUGUGGUGUGCGAUGAUAUCGCGACCGACGACGCGAUCGAAAGCUUUGGCCCGCACCGAUGCGGCCCCUUUGCAGCGCUCCCACUCCCAGGUCGACUCCGCGGCAGUCGCAGCCCCAUCGGCGUCCUUGCCGUCGACGCGACGCGGGGUGCGUGGCAGAGUCACCCAGGUGCCAUGACGUUGCACGACGUCCUUGCUUUUCUGCGGGCGUAUGGCCUCGACGAUGUUGUGCCAUCGUUUCAAAAGCACAAGAUUGACGGUCCGUCGCUCUUGGCGCUCAAAGACCUCAACCUCGAGUUCACGCUGGGUAUUUACCGCGUGCACACUCGGACCAAGCUGCUGUCGCUCAUCGAGGGGCUCAACGCGGGCCUUCCGCUGCACCUUCCGGAGACGCCGACGCGCUUUGUCGACGCGCCCGAGACGAUGCAGUUUCUCACGCGCGUCGCCGAUAUUGCCGGCCCGCUUUUCGCGACCGCGCGCCGGCGGGAGUGGCAUGCGCGCCUUUGCGAUGCGACCAAAGACGGCACGUGCACGCAGUACGACCUGUACUACCUUGUGAUCCAAGCGCUGCUCCACUGCGUCCUCAACGUCACAGGCGUUGCGAUCUGGCGCGUCUUGUUGUCGCCCAUGGAGCUUCUCAAGUCGAAUGUGGUGCUCCUUGGCGCGUGCGAUGUGCCGUCGGACCGCUUGGCGCCGUUCGUGCACUGCAGCGAGAAGGCCAUCAAGCGCGUCCCGCUCUUCACAGAAACGUCAACGUCCCUGCUGCGGGGCAACGUCGUGCACGUGGUACCGGCGCUUGGACCAAAAGAAGCCACGACGUACACGGUCUCGUGGAGCAACCACGUAGUCGAAGACGUGAAUUGGCACACGAUGAGCCGACUGCUGCCAGUGCGCUUGCUCAACACGCAGCACUUUCAUCUUCAAGGCGUCCUCGCUGGCAUGGACGUCAACAGCGGUGAUUUUCUCGUGCCGUUUCCAGCCCAAUCGACCAAAGUCUGGGUGCAGCCCUUUGCGGACGAGCCCAAGUUCAAGUAUGUCAUCGUGACAACGCUCCACGAAGCCGCCGACAUCUCGGACGCAGUGAGCUACCUCUCGCAGCUUCUACCCGAGCUGGACACAACGCUGCGCUGCGUGCGCGGGCGGCAGAAGCGCCAUCUGCAACGAACCGAGGCGGUCGCGCGUCUGCGGCAGUGGACGGCCGCGCUCGCAAUGACACCGUCCCCGGACGCUCUCCGCUCCCUAGACGAGCUCCUCAGUCGCAUGGUCAACGAGGUCCAGCUCUGCCUUCCUGGCACGCAAAGUGCAAUUUGGGAGUUAACGCCCUCGGCCAAGUCGCUGCGCUGUACGUUUGCGUACCACGGGUGCGCCCGGCUCAUCGGUCUCGAGGUGGACGUGCAUGCUGCGGGGAUUGCCGACUGCUUGAGCGCCAAGGCGCCCGUGGUUUUGCGCUCAGCCUCGCGGCUCAGCUUUCUGCCAGACGAAACGAUGCUGCCCGUCGUGCUCUUGCCACUGCUUCACGACGACGCGCUCGUGGGCGUGCUCGUUGUCUUUGAUUUUCGCUCGGUCGAGAAAGGCAGAAGCGACGAGACCCACCCCGAAUAUGGCGUGAUACCGAUGCUGGAAGUGGCUGCGCGUGGCAUGGCCGCCGCACUCCGGCUCAAGCGCCGCGCCGCGCGCCUGUUUGCGCUCGCCAACAUUGUCGACGCCGACGCGUUUGCGGCGCCCGCGCAGGUUUUUGCGUCGGCGCUGCAGUGCCUUCAGUCGUCGCUUCUCGGUGUCCUCAAAGCCCGGCUUCUCGUUAUCCGCAAGAGCGACGGCAAGCCCACUGUCGUCGCCGACACCAACGACGUCGCGCACUGGCCGGUACUUGACCUGACGUACGUCGAAGGUGCCCGUGGCCGACUGCGCGAGCUUCGAUGGCCCACGUUCCAGACGUACCACAAGCUCGACAACGCAACGUUGGACGCGGUCGUGACGCGCGUGACGUCGACACCGAGUCUCUUGAGCAAAUCGCUUUGUAGCGCGGACGUCCAGUACGUCGAGACGCUGGCCGAGCCACCGGUGCCGAUCGAGUGGACCAAGAAUCUGCGAAAGACGCUGGAGUCGGCCAACCAAGUGAUUUUCGGCAACCAAAAGUAUCUCUCGACACUCGUACCGGCGCUGUGUACGUCCACCCACGUUGUCGCACUCACAGCGGCGCUUCCGUCGCCCUAUUGCUUUGCCGCCGAGCCAGCCUUUCUCGAGACCGUCGCUCGCACGCUCUCGGGCGGCAUCGAAUGCCUUGCCGGGCGCUACGACCGAGUGCGCGCCCGUGCUGCGAGCCUCGAUGCGCUCGACGCCUUUGUCGCCGCGCACAAAACGAUUGCGCUGCCGCUGAAUUCGCCAUAUGCCGAACAGAGCGCCGAGGUACGUUUGGAUCUGCAGCACAAGACGCUCUCGCUGUUGCAGUCAACGCUGACGGGGUGCCACGCGUACGUUGGACUGCGGCAGCCCGCGUUCCACCGCAUUGUGUUUACGGCAGCAUCGUCUACUAGCCACAUGCUUGGAAAGCAGCUCGUGCGCGGUAAGAAAGGUGGCGUGGGCUUCGAGGUGAUUGCGUCGCAGUCGCCGGUUGUGCUCACGCAAGUGUCGCAACUCCACGUCGUCCGGCAUUUUGGCCGACCCGAAGCACUCGUCUUGCCAUACAUGGCCGUGCCGAUCGGCACCUUUGGUGUCCUCGCGCUCGACGACCUCAGCGCGUACGGACCGCGCGAACCUCAGCCUGAAAUGGGCGUCGAAGACUUUCUCGUGCGGUUUGGACAGAUGCUGGCGACCGGUUUGGAGGCUACCCGAACGCAAACCGCAGCGUACCGCGCUCAGCUUCGCGAACGUGGUGUGCAAAGCGCGCUUGUGCUCAGCGACAAUGCCCGACCGACCGAGCACGAUGCCCAAGCUGCAUGCCUUGCGCUCGUCCAAGCAGCCUUUACCGGCACCAAGGGGUUCGUCGCCAUGGCUAUGCCAUUUAGCAACGAGAUGCGUGUCACCAAGGCGUCCGAGAGUCCAUUGGUCGAUACAAUCGACGCGUCAUCGCCCCUCUUUGCUGCGUUCCAGCACCAGUCGCCCGUUGUCGUCGCCCGCGUCGAAGACGACGCCGAGAUCGCUCGUAUCGUAAGCGACCAGAAAGGUGCGUUCGUCGCCGUCCCGAUCCCACUUCUCGGUGUGCUCGCGGUGACGUCCUUUACGGGGGCGGCGGGCGGUCCGUACACGGCGACGAUCCCCGAGGCCGGCACCGUGUCCUGCCUCCAGACCAUUGGCGCGCACCUCGGGUCGCUCUUGCGCGCCAAGCGGCUCCAAGAGAGCCAGCGCGUGCUCUCGUCGGUCUUUCUCGGCAACAUUUCGAGCUUUCAAACGCUCUUUUCGACCAUCAGCGGCGAGCUGGCGCGUAAUAUCCCGUCGGCCAUUCGCAUCGACGUCUGGUACAUUUUUGAGGGCGACCACCCGCCGCUGCCGCAGUUUACUGCGUCUAGUCAUAUCCACGCGACGUCGCCAAGCUUGCGACCGGACGACGUCGUCCAGAUGCGCGCGGUCGUCUCACCCGAGUCGAUUCCCGAGACGAACGCGCUGCUUCUGCCACUUGCCAUGCACGACCCGUACGUCGUCGGCCCCCAAGUCGUCAAAAGCGUGCUCAAGGUAACGCGGCUACCCGGCGUCGACUGGCCAUACGAUCUCGAUGUGCUGAAGCGGUUGCAGCCGCUCAUCGACAACGCCUUGACACUCGCGAGUCACCGCGCCGCCGCGAACGUCGCCCGCCAAAAGGCACUUGUCCGUCUCGACGCCAUUCGAGACGACACACUGACGCUGCCGAGUCACGAUGCGUACACUAAUUUGCACGCAACCCAAGAUACCUGCUUAAAUGCAAUCGCUGACGCGCUCGGCGCUGGCACCGACGUCUACCUCGCGUACUUGGAGCCGCGCUUCACCGAGUUUGCCACGAGAGACGUCGAUGGGCUCGUCUUUCGCAGUGCGUCGCGCGAGAGUCUCAUGCGCAAUGUGGUCUUGGACACGGAAGACCUCCUGAGCUUCCAGUGCCUUCGCACCCAAGAACCGAUUGUGAUCAACCAUCUGAGCGCACAAACCGGCAAAACCGUGCACUUCUGCACCAGUCGUCGGGCGACACGCGCGUAUGUUGUCGUGCCGCUGAGCACACUCGGUGUCCUCGCCGUCGAUAGCUUUGGCGUUCACUGCUUUACGACCAAGAACGAGCUGGAAAAAGACGUCUUGUCGUUUCUUCGGGACGCAUCGCAGCGGCUCGUGGCGCUGUACGAAGACACGCACCAGCGCUACAGCCGCGACCGCAUUGUGAGCGUCGGGUCGGACCUGCAAGCGCUCUACGCCGAGACGCUCGCCGCCGCCUAUCGCGACGUGACGCAUGUGCAUAGCGGCCACGUGUUGGGCCUCGCACCCGACUUUACCGGCGACCUCGAGGUGCUCUGUUGGCUCAAGUAUCGCAACCGACGGCCGGUGAAGGCACCGCGCCACUACUGCUACGAGCAGCGCUGCCGAAAACACUAUGUUCGAGACCUCAUCCACUACGACUGCAUUCGGUUGCCCAUGACCAACUGCCCGCGCACGCUCGACGACGCACGCUCGACGGCGCCGGAUCCAAUCUUGGCCGCCACCGGGCUCGAGGUUCGCGGCAACUACCCUACGUUUGCUGCUAUGAUGGACGGUAAGAUGGUCGCACCCCGGAUCGCGUUCGUGCUCUAUCGCAAAGCCGGACGCAGCUUUACCGAGAGAGACACUGCGUCGCUUCGUCGGCUUCUGACGACGGCGCAAGACGCAUACGUCGCCGCCUUUACCGCUCUCGUGCUCGAGAGCCUCUCGAUCGAAAUGCUCUUCUUCGCAAGAGAGAUGCUCCAGGCCAGAGACGGGUUUGUGGCCCGCGGCUCGCCGCUGCCUAUUCUCGCCAUGUCGACCAACGAAACUAAGUACCCACUGGGGCCGCUAAAAAAGGCCAAGAAGCAAACCACACGCCUCAUCGCGUUUGCUGCUACCGACGUGCCUGUGGCAGUCGCAACGAUUCUACCGGCGGUCGUUGCCGUUGCAACGCCGGCUCCAACGACGACGACAACGGUGCCACCACCAGAAGCUACUGUGCCACCAGCAAAGGCCUCCAAGCUCACGACGCGCUUUCGCCCAAAGUCAAAACCAACGUUGGCGCCAACACCCGCAGCUGUCGCCGCCGUUACCGAGACGCCGCCCAGUGCCGUGCACCACGAAGUGCUGUUGCGACUGCCGCAUCAUGAAUUCCUUCUGCUCGACGUGUUUGUGGUCCCCGGUAUCUUGGACAACGCCUCGUCAGUCGCGCGAACGACGAUGGUCGACUGGAUCGAGACGGCGUCGGCGACUGCGCUUCGGUUCCGCGAAAAGCCCGCGGGCAACGAACGCACUGUCGGGUACCUCCUCGACAUGUGGUUUCAAGCAUCGCGGACGACGUAUGGCGCCACGCGACUGGGCAUUGAGCACGAAGCUCGAGUGCACCUCGAUGCGCUCGUCGCCGUGCCUCCGACGCCGUGCCCGGAAGCAAUUGGUACUGUGUUUACCGCUGCGCUCGUCGCUUGCGGCGUCAAGCGCGAUGUCAUUACGACGCCCCGGGUGGCGCUGGAGCUUUUCCUCUCCAAGAAAGCCGCCACGUUUCUCUUUGAGAGCGACCCGUUCGAUCCCAAGUUGAAAAGCCGCGUGUGGACCAGUGCGUUCAAGUGCCGAACCUUUCUCACAUCGUUUUCGCUCCUGCAGCUGUUGCCGCAACUGUCGCCGCCAUUGAAUACGCUUCUGCGGUAUCUUCUCUUGCUCAUUGCCGUCGCGCGGUUUCUCAAGCGCGACGCCGACGACGCAAAGGCCAAGCGCGCGCACCUGAGUGCGGCGGCCAUUGUUCUACAGUGCCGCGUCCGCUGCAUCUUUGCGGGCCGAGAGCUGGCGCGGCGGAGGCGCCGGCGCGACGCGGCCAUUUGCCUCCAAAGCGUCGGUCGCAUGUACCUCGCACGGCAAAAGGUGCUGCGUUUGCGCAGUAACCAAGCCGCCAGUCGCCUGCAAACGUGGUGGCGGCGGCUCCAGGGGCCGAAAAAAACCACUGCGCUUUCAACCAAGCACCUCUUGGACCACGUGCACGCACUCCAAGCGCGAUACGCCACCGUCGACUCGGAGACGGCGACGACCGACGACGUGAGUGCGUGGGGAGACAUCUCGACGACCGAGUCCUUUGACGCCUUCCUCGCGAGUCGACACGGCAAGGCGAUGCUCACAAAGGAGGAGCGUGGCCUCAGUGCGCGCAUGAAAGCCCGCGUCAAGGCGCGAAGCGAGCUACCGCUCGAGGCUCGGCUGCAAGAGGAGGUCCAAGACCUCUUUGAUUUUUUCGACCCGAUUGGCGUCGGGUCUAUCUCGCGGGACGACACCAAAGUGGUGAUUGCCAAGCUUCGCAUUCCGCUCGUUGACGACGAGCUCGACGACGUGGUGAGCAUGAUCGACAACGACAAGUCGGGUGACGUGAGCGUCCUCGAGUUUUGCUCGUGGUUUCUGUACGAGUACCCGACGCUGCGGAAGCGGUCGGCCGACUGCGGCAGUCUCUCGCGUGCAGACCGCGACUGGUUUGUGCACACGAUGGCCAAGCGCUUUCUGCAGCAAAAGUACAACAUCCAGCGCGCAAGGACAGCGGUGACAAAGCCAAACCAUGACGACUAGAGAAUUACGAAGAUCUAAUGUGCGCAGUGACUUAGUAAAUUCGUUGCACGACCAGACGAGAUCAAACCUUGUUGCUAGCGAUGCGUACCAUAGCUCUAUAUACGUCAUACACGUCCAACUGGAUUGCAAG